AUGUCGUUUCUCACCGGCUGGACAGCCAUUUGGGCCGUAGGAUUCGCCUUGAUCGCUCUCAUCCUGCAGUCCAUCUUUCGGAAAAGUGGCAUCACGAGAGGUGGGGCCCCUUUGAGGAAACCUCCCAACACGCUGCCACUUGCUGGCAAUGGAAUCCUGUUCCUUCAGGCCCGGCAGAAGCUCUUCUCCUGGUUCGUCAAAUGCGAGCGCAUAUUCGGCCACGAGACCUUCGAGCUGUAUGUCCCCAGCCUCCCACCAGGCGUGGUCAUCAAUGACCCUGCCAACCUGGACUAUGUAUUCAAGAACGAGGCCAUCUUUUCCAAAGGAGACUUCGUCAAAAAGCCCCUGUGGGACCUUUUUGGCCACGGCAUCAUCAACUCGGAUGGCGAGCUCUGGAAGGUCCAGCGCAAGGCUGGUCUGGCCUUCCUGAACACCAAGAACCUGCAGGUCCUCACGGAUGUCGCACUGCCCCAGUACCUGGCUCAGAGCGUCGACAUCCUCAAGUCUAGGUCUCAAGAUGUGCGAGAGGCCGACUUGCAGGCCGUCUUCCACGAGAUCACCACCCAGCUGAUGGGCAAGCUGGCUUACAACUUGGAGAUGCACGCCGAUGACGACUUCACUCUUGCCUUUGACUACGCCUCAGGUGCGACUGCAGAAAGGGUUCAGAAUCCGCUCUGGCGGGUCACGGAGAUCUUCUUCGGCGCGAGACUGCGCAAGUCGAUUGCUAUUGUGAAGGCGUAUGGUAAGCGGAUCGUAGACACUGCCAUACAGGACCGUGAACGGGGAGCAAAAGACACCGCAAACGCCUCGGGUCAGCCAGAGAAAGACGAGAAGCUUGACAAGAUUUCUGGAAGCCUAAUCCAGUCGUUGCUUGAUUCAAUAGGCGACCGUGGAAUGGUCGCAGAUGCCGCACUCAACUAUCUUUCCGCAGGUCGAGACACAACAGCACAAGCCCUGACGUGGACAUUCCACCUGCUGAUGCACCAUCGCUAUACUCUAGCCAAGAUCCGGCAGGAAGUCCAACAGGCACUCGAGGCCCAGCCCGCCCAGCCUGAGGGCGCCUCCGCUACGUCCACCCUCCCCGUGGACCCGACCCUCUUCACGCCAGCCUCAAUGCCCUACACCCUCGCCGUCUUCAGCGAGGCCCUGCGCCUGUAUCCACCCAUCCCCUUCGAGAUCAAGCAGACCAUGUCGCCCACGACCCUGCCCGACGGCACGUUCCUCCCCCAGGGCUCGGUCGUCGUCUGGUGCCCGUGGGCAAUGAACCGCUCCAGGCUGACCUGGGGCGAGGACGCAGACGAUUUCCGGCCCGAGAGGUGGCUAGUCGCCGCCGGUGGGGAUGCGAACCCGCCGAGUGUGGUGUUGCAGAAGAGUGCAAGCGAGUUCCCCGUCUUCAACGGCGGGCCGCGCUUGUGCCUCGGCAAGAAGAUGGCCGAGCUGAUCGCCGUGCAGGUCAUCGCGACCGUGGCGUGGGUCUUCGAGUUCGUGCCGGCGUACGAGGGCCGCGAGAGGGCGAGCAAGAGCAGCCUUACGUUGCCGAUGGAGGGCGGGUUGCCUGUGUUUGUCAAGGUGAGGUCGCGCGGUGGGCGGGAUGCAUUGUGA